UACCUAUAACAAAGCUUUGAAAUGAGUGAAAAUAUCGAACGUAAAUUAUCGUUGACUGGGGGGCCCCAUGGGUCGUUCGCUUUCCCAAACAGAAUACCGUCCCUUGGCGUGAAAAGAACGGUAAGGGAAACUGGAGGAGGCGACUGGAAGUACCGGCGCGCUGCCAUUGUAUUUGCCCUUCACGAUAUAGACACGGCCCGGGCCGGCAGAAAUGCACAAGAUAAGGAAAAAGUAGGAUUGACCGACUGUCUUUCGAAAAUGGGAUCAGAGUUCUGUGGAGUAUGGGUAAAUUCUGUCAAAUGGGUGCCGGUUCUUUUCCUCGUUUGCAUGAUUUGCUGGUCCUACUACGUCUACGUUAUACAACUUUGCAUCGUUACAAUCGUGUCAUACGUGGAAAAAGCCAUAUAUCUGUGUGUGUACCAUGUUUUAUUUGCUAUUUUUCUAUGGUCGUACUGGCAAACGAUUUUCACCCCUAUCGCCACAGUUCCGAAAAAGUUCAUGUUGUCAAAAGAGGAUUUGGACAGAUUAAACAAUACUUCAAAUGAGUUAGAAUACCGACAAAUAAUCGACACAUUUGCCCAACAUCUUCCUGUGGCAAACCGUACAAUAAAUGGAGCUGUCCGCUACUGUGAAAAGUGCUUGCAUGUGAAACCUGAUAGGGCCCACCACUGCAGUGUCUGUCGCGUUUGUGUUCUUAAGAUGGAUCACCACUGCCCUUGGGUUAACAACUGUGUCUCAUUUACAAAUUACAAGUUUUUCAUAUUAUUCUUGGGAUAUGCCUUUUUAUAUUGCAUAUUCAUAGUUUUAACAUCUCUUCAGUACUUCAUUAUGUUUUGGAAUAAUUUGCAGGGGAAUUUUGAGGGAACUAGGAAGUUCCAUAUACUUAUACUGUUUUUUGUAGCUGGAAUGUUUGCUAUGAGUUUAGUCUCUUUGUUCAUAUACCAUUGUUACCUUGUAUCACGCAACAGGACAACCCUUGAAGCUUUUCGAGCGCCCAUAUUUCUUAGUGGUGCAGAUAAAAAUGGAUUCAGCUUAGGAAGAUACAACAAUUUUCAAGAAGUCUUUGGUGACAGGAAAGCAUUGUGGUUUCUCCCCGUUUUUACUAGUUUGGGUGAUGGCGUCAGUUUCCCUGUCAGAAUGGACAUUGAAGUUGGGCGAGACUCGCUCAUAAGAGAGCAGUUACCAGUCACUUGUGUUGUGCCUUAACUGCAAUGAAACGAAAAGACUUUUCAUUUGGGACCAAAUGCCACAUGCAAGACUCUUUUUUUUCAGACGAACAUUUUGAACGACAUGUUUUUUCUACCCAUACAUCUUUUAUUUUAUUUUUAUUUUUUUACUUUUUUUUAUUUGAAUUUUUAAGUCUUAUUUUUACUUUGUACUUUACUAGAGGAAGUAAUAUUGUAAAAUGUCUAAAUUAGUAAAAUUAAGUGCAAUAAAAAAAUUAAUUAUGGAAGACUGACUAUAAACGUAUAAUUUUAUACACAUUGAGUUUGCAAUAUUUUUUUUUUUUAAUACCCAGGUAGAGAAAA